AACCACUUCAAGAAUAUAACUUUGGCCACUGAUCUAGAUUAUACUACUUAGAGCUUACUCUCUAUCUUUUCUGAUAUUCUUAAUCCCACAAUGGGUAUACAGUUAGAGGCAACUCUGCAUCAUCUUGCUCUUUCAACAGACUGGACAAAACAUGUGGAUUCUGCUGGCACUAUGGGUUCAGCUUCUCAUAUUGUGAUUGCUUCAAGUCGUGGAUCUGCCAAGCAUGCGAUUGCAAGAAAAGGGGCAGCUUCAAUGAUGGUGAAAGUAACCCUACUUCUAACCCUGUUGUAAGACCAGGUAUUUGUCGGUGGAAGGGUGGCAUGGUUUCUCGUCAGUUGUUCAACUGAAAGGUUUUACCGCGCUCAUUGGUUUCCAAGGCUGCUAGGCAAGGUCUGCAUUAUUCCCUCUUGUCCUUCUAAGCUUUCUUGUUGGAUAUAUAAAAAAGUCAAUGAUUCUGGAUUUCUUUGAAGUUUAAAUUCUGCAGCUGGAGGCAAAAAGAUACCCGGCAUACUGUAUCCUGAGAGUUCAGACUUGGCAAAGAGAAGCAAAUCUGUUGCAUGGCGAGCUGUUGUUGAGUCAUCAACUAGUGUAAAAAAAGAAUAAAAAUCAGGCUUACUGGUUGUGUUUCCUGGGAAAGAUGACAAAAUUAAAAGAUGGAACGAUUGGGAUUUGAGGCUGUUAAGAGCUAAAGAUAUGGAGAAGGUGGCUGGGUUGAAGAGAGAGACAGCAUGGUGUUUCUAAUCGUUUCUAGUUUCAUGAUAUUGGAGGAAAGUUAUAACGGAACUGAACUGUUGUUUCUAAGAUUCCGUCUCAAAUAUGAUGUCCAUCUUAUCCUUAUUUUCACAAAACUAAUAACCAGGAAGACUGAAAAGGAAAAAGGUGCUUAAAAGAUAUGUUGUGUUAGUUUUUAGAGCAUAAUAGUGCUUGGUGUUAUUUUUUUGGUCCAGAUUCGCUGUUGUUGAUAAAUCAGUACCCUUUCACAAGAUAAUGGCAUUGACUGAAUUCGGGAUGGAUCGUUUCUUCGGGAAUAGAACUUUUUAGUUUACCCAAUCUUGUUUCAGCACUAGUAAGAGAAAUGAUAGAGAACUUCUAAAGUUCGUUUUUUAUCUGAACUAGAGAUAGUUUUUUGGUUUGAAUAGAUGUUCAGCUUACUUAUUUUCAUACUUAGUAGUUCUUUACUAUUUUCUUUGAAUUAACUAUGUUUUUGACUUUGUUUCUUUUAUCAAAUUGGCAGGGAAGCUGUUUGCUGUCAGUAUUGCAAGUGGUGCUCUUCUGUACCAAAGUGCCUUUGUCUUGUGCUUAAGGAUUUUUUUUGUAAGAGGCAUGUUAGAAAAUCUGCUGUAGCAAUCAUUGCUGAGUACACAUAUACAUGGCACCGAUGCCAGGGUGGCAACUUGAAUGUCAAUGCAAAAAGAGGGGGAAAUGUCAUCAAAAGAGGAAAGGGUGAUACAAAGGGGCAAAAGACCAGCACAAAAAAGUACAAAAAAUAAAAACUGCAACAGAAGUGUAAAAGAGCCAAUGAAAAAUCACUGGCAGUACGAAUGUCACUGAGGGUACGGAAGGAUAAAAAGGUUGCUGCUGCUGUGCCACUGCGCCGUUCACCUGGGAAACUAAAAUAUAUUUCUUUGCAAAAGAAAAAGCCUGGUAGGUGCAAGAAAGGCAAAAAGAAACCAAAGAAGAAAGCACCUCAGAAGAUAAAGAAAAGUAUUUGGAAGAAGAAGAGAACAAGGGCUUACCAUAGUUACUGGCUUGAUUGUCUUGGGUUGUCGUCUAGUAAGCCAGAUGAUGAACUGGUGAUGCAAUUUCAAAGAAAAAUGCUUUUUGCUCUAUCUGAACAUAUGUCUGUCUUCCCUUAUCAACCCAGAUGUCUUCUUUGUUGUGAAUCAGGAUAUGCAUCUAAUUCAAACUCUGUUGCAUGUGAAAUUUGUGAAGAAUGGUUUCAUGGGGAUGCUUAUGGACUUAAUUCAGAGAACAAAAUCAAUAUUAUUGGAUUUAGGUGUCAUGUCUGCCGUAAGACGACCCCUCCUAUCUGUCCCAAUAUGGUGGCAACAAGAGCUGAUGAAUCUCAAAUGGCUGAGAUGCAAACUGGUGUUACGACUUAGGACCGAAUUCUCUGAGGAAGUACAUGGUGCCCUCUCUCACUGUCAUGUUAAUUAAAAAGGUCUCCCGAGUAAAACUGUCUAGGUUCAUGGGCAGACUGGUGAUUGCAUAAGGAGCAAUUUAGUUACCAGUUUGGAUUAAUGUCAGUCUGUUAGAGGAUAGAGCUACUAGCUUAAAGCUGUUAGUUUGUUAAUUAAGUAUGCAGUUUGUUAGAAGAAGUCUGUUGCUUAAGUCAGGUAUGCAGUUAAGAGCAGUUACUCUUAUCAAUGUAUAUAAACUCCAUCUGUGGACUGAUUAAAGGUAAGUAAAAAGAAUACAAAACAUUUUCUCAAUA